AUGGCGUUCAACUUCAACUGGUCGCCUUUGAUGGCGGACGCGAGUUUUUACACUCGUGCCCAAGAUCUGCUCACUGCUGCGCUCAAUAAGUCGCCGAAACCUCCCAUCAUCGUCGACGACAUUCACGUCACCGAGUUAAACCUGGGCUCUAUUCCACCGGAGCUGGAGAUCCUCGAGAUUGGAGACUUGGCUGAGGAUCGUUUUCGUGGCAUCUUUAAAAUGUCAUAUACUGGCGACGCUUUUCUCACACUCAAAACCCGCGUCCAAGCCAAUCCGCUUAACACUUUUCUCCUCACACGCCCGACUUUCGCGUCACCAGUACCUCUCGCUGCUGCUACCCCACUCACGAUACCCUUACAAAUUACUCUGUCCGACUUUAAACUUUCUGGAUUUGUGAUACUCGUCUUUUCUAAGCAAAAAGGAAUUACGGUGGUGUUUCGCAAUGACCCGCUCGAAUCGCUCAAAGUAUCGUCCACCUUCGAUUCAAUACCGUUUGUACGCGACUUCCUACAGAAAGAAAUUGAGGCCCAGCUUCGGAUUUUGUUCAUGGACGAACUUCCAGCCAUUAUCCACCGACUCUCGCUCCGAUUAUGGGUUCCCGAAUAUCGCACCGGGGAGGAAAUGGACGAACAAGCCGGCAAUACCGAUCAGGCCACAACCGAAGGCCCCGGCCAAGAUCCGUUGGCCAGCCCGCCCCAGGACCCUGUCGAUUCCCACGGCAACGCCUUGAACGAGUCCGAGAUAGCUUCGCUAUCUUUGGAUUCAUCAGUUGAAACCCAUUCGCUCUUCUCACAGAAGAACCUCCUUCGCCUGGCUGCUCUUACGGACUCCCAACGGACCCUAUCACUGUUCACACCUUCCAUCCAAGAAGUGGUAUAUCGCGCCUGGACCUCUCCCUCCGACACCAGCGACUUCCCUUCAAGUGUUAUUUCGCCACUGAGUCCGACUCUUUCGCGAACACAUUCACAAAUUGGCAGCAUGUCUUCGCUUCAUGAGACUGCCAGCACUGUUUCCCUGCAAAGCCGACCCUCUGUUCCGGGUCACACGAUCAGUACUUAUGGCCUUAGCCUUGGUGCUGGUCGCCACUCCAAAGCGCACUCCCGAAGACGCAAGAAGCGUGUUGUGGAUCUGCGUCGCCCUAAGACUACGGAUGACGCUAUGAGCGUGAGUGACGAGAGCGUGAUGACCGAAUCAUCUCGACCCCCGUCUAUCGCCUCGGCGCCUCUACCUAUCCUAAACGAGCAGUCGGAUGAUCCUGUCACCCCACCGUUCGCCCCCGAACCCGACUCCCACUUGCCUAUGAUCCCCGAACGCCACAGGGCCAGUCUCUCCCGCCCGACACAGCGCCGCGAAGCUGAUCUCUCAUACUCUUUGGAUACCAUUCGUGGAUCCAAGGAGGAUGUGGAUGUGACUCCCCGUGCUACUGUCCGUGGCUACCCCCAAGAGAAGGCUGACGCGGGCCCUUCCUCUAAUGCGCGCCCGCCACUGCCCGCCACUGCUCUCCCGUUCACCAAGGUGGAGAAGUCCAGUGAGAGUGUUGACUCUGUUCUGGUUGAGAGACUCGCUGGUGAAAUUGCUCGUCGCAUGCGUGAGGACAAGUUGAUGACCAGCGCAUGCAGCGGAUUUUGGAGCCGUCAACAUGAGGAUACUCCUCCGCCUGCUUAUGGUCACUGA